AUGGCGUCCUCCUCCUCGAUCUCCUCCCUUCUCUCUCCUCGCCCUCUCUCCUCCCCCUCCCUCUUCUUUCUCUCCCCUCGCCCUCACAAGCUCCGCCUCCUCACCCCCCAUCUCCCUCUCUCCUCCCCCCCUCUCUCCUCUUCUUCCUCCUCUCGAAUCGAGAAACUCUCCGUCUCCAUCGCCCCCGUAGAGCAGGCGCCGUCGCCGGAGUUCGACUUCGACGGAGAGAUCACCCGCCUCGAUUCUCUCCGAUCGAAGCUGAGAGGCGCCGAAACUCUGGAAGAGAAGGUUUUGGUCCUUGAUUCUGAAGCUAGGGUUAGGGAUUUCUUGGGAUCGAGGAAGGGGUGGGUUUCUAGGGUUUUGGGGAAGCUGGAGAGGUCGGAGGUUGUUUUGAUCAAGUGCUUGAUUGCCGCCGGCCAGGAGCACGUGCUUGGUGCGGUGGCGGAGCACGGGGGGCUAACUGAGGGCGGCGUGCUGAAGAGGGCGAUGCGGGUUUUGGGGGAUAUGGUGGAGGGCUGGAGCUUGGAUGGGGAGCGAGCUCGGCCAGAGAGCGGAGGGGAUGAGGAAAUGAGGAACCUUUUGAAGACCUUGGGGGAGGUUGAGCAGUUCUAUGAUUGCAUUGGUGGAAUCAUUGGAUAUCAGAUAACGGUACUGGAGCUUCUCUCACCUCCAAAAAUAGAAAGGCAGUCCGAUUGGUCUCCUCACCUUUACAAAUAUCCGGCCAGUGAAUUUGUGAAAUUUCAUGUGCCGUCUGGACACAAUCUUUUAGAUGACGCAGAAUAUGCAUCUCAAGCAGCGUUAUGGGGAAUUGAGGGUUUGCCUGAACUUGGUGAAAUUUAUCCUCUUGGUGGUGCUGGGGAUAGGCUUGGGUUAGUUGACGGUGGAACAGGUGAAUGCCUUCCUGCUGCAAUGCUUCCUUAUUGUGGACGGACUUUAUUGGAAGGGCUUAUUAGAGAUCUCCAGGCCAGAGAAUAUCUCUACUUCAAAAUUUAUGGAAAACAGUGUAUAACCCCUGUUGCGAUCAUGACAAGUUCAGUAAAGAACAAUCAUGAGCAUAUAACAGCCCUCUGUGAAAGACUUGGAUGGUUUGGGAGAGGCCAAAAAAAUCUUCAUCUUUUUGAGCAGCCUCUGGUGCCAGUUGUCGCUGCUGAAGAUGGUCAGUGGAUAAUAAACAGGCCAUUCUGCCCAUUGUGCAAACCUGGUGGGCAUGGUGCUAUUUGGAAACUAGCAUUUGACAAAGGCGUAUUCCAAUGGUUUUAUAAUCUCGGAAGAAAAGGUGCUACUGUGCGACAAGUCAGCAACGUUGUUGCUGCAACAGAUUUGACCCUUUUGGCACUAUCAGGAAUUGGAUUGCACCAUGGAAAGAAGCUGGGGUUCGCAUCCUGCCAGAGAAACUCUGGUGCUACUGAAGGCAUUAAUGUUCUUAUUGAGAAACAGAUGCUUAAUGGGCAAUGGGCAUAUGGGCUUACAUGUAUUGAAUACACUGAGUUUGAGAAGUUUGGCAUUACAGAUUCAUCUGCUUCUCACGACAGCCUGCAGGCAGAGUUUCCUGCCAAUACAAAUAUCCUCUAUGUUGAUUUACGUUCUGCUGAAAAAGUUGGAUCCAGUCAUAAUAGCACCUGUUUACCUGGUAUGGUACUGAAUUUAAAAAAGGCAGUUUCCUUUGUGGAUGAUCUUGGAAUGUCUCAUAGUUUGUAUGGUGGCAGACUGGAGUGCACAAUGCAGAAUAUUGCAGAUAAUUUUCUAAGUACAUACGCCUCAAGGUGCAAUAAAGACAUAGAAAGCUCACUGGACACAUUUAUGGUGUACAAUGAAAGGAAAAGGGUUACAUCGUCUGCUAAAAGGAAGAGGAAACCGAAAGACAAGUCAUUACACCAGACACCUGAUGGUUCUCUGCUGGAUGUUAUGCGGAAUGCCUCAGAUCUUCUUUCACAAUGUGAUAUAGCAAUUCCUAAGAUUGAAGAGAAUAUCAAAUAUUUCAAUUCUGGACCACCAUUCAUCAUUCUUCUUCAUCCCGCUUUGGGUCCAGUUUGGGAGGUUGCUAGACAAAAGUUCUCUGGUGGCUCUAUUUCAGCAGGGUCUGAAUUACAAAUUGAAGUGGCAGAGUUCUUAUGGAAAGAUGUGCAGCUUAAUGGUAGCCUUACUAUUGUUGCUGAAAAUGUGAUGGGUUCUAUGAGGGAAAAUGAAAAGGGUGAACCUAUACUGCACUAUGGUCACAGAUGUGGGAGAUGCAAGUUGCAGAAUGUCAAGGUCACGAAUAAAGGAGUAAACUGGAUGGCUGAUGACAAUGUCUAUUGGAAACAUGUAGUUCAGAGGUUUGAGAAUUUGAAGAUUGUUUUGCAAGGAAAUGCAGAAUUUGAGGCAACAGAUGUAGUAUUACAGGGAAAUCAUUCAUUUGAGGUUCCAAAUGGUUAUAGAAUGCGUAUCAUCUCAGAUAAUCCAGGUUUUGCUGUUAAGUUAGAUCCUAUAAGAGAGGAGAUGAUGGACAGGGGAAGUUGGUUCUGGAAGUACAAUAUUAAGGGCACACAUAUUCACCUAGAAAUGGUGGAGCUGUAGUGUAUUCUGUAACGCUAAUAUCCCUUUUCUAUACCACGGCUUACAGAUUUCUAUGAAGAGAACCUUUCUACCUCCAGUUUCUUUCAUUCUUCAUCGUUGAACCGAAGUUCAGCAUCCAGAAUGUACUUUGUGCAUAGUAGUGUUGUAAUAUUGACAAAUCCUCAUUUGUUCCUCAUUCAUUGUGUAAUUUCCUCGUGUAAUUUGUAUUGUACAUUAUAAAACUAUUUUAUCAUCCAUACAGCUCCUAACGGAUUUAUAACAUUCUACAUACAUGAUGAAAGUCCCAGCUGAAGGAUCCAGCUGACCUAUCCGGGGUCAUAGUUUGGGAUGAAGCAAGGAAGCUGUCUCUGAUACUGAUUCUUAUUCUUAUUCUACGGAAGAUUUCAUGUAUGCACUGAUAUUUUGAUAAUUUGAUAUUUGUAUUCAAAUAUUUGCACAAAUAUGCUUUAAUAAAAGUGCUCUACGUUGCUUGA